GUCUUAGAAGGGGAUGAUUCCCCAGUAAUAUUCCCUGCCCUGAUCCAAGGUGCCGCUUGGCCUCCCUCCCGGGGAAGACUGCUUCUUGUGUGACACCAGCCAUAGAAAGAGACUCCGAUGGACUUACACCGGGCAGCCUUCAAGAUGGAGAACUCAUCCUACCUCCCCAACCCACUGGCAUCCCCAGCACUGAUGGUCCUGGCGUCCACGGCUGAGGCCAGCCGCGAUGCUUCCAUCCCUUGUCAGCAGCCACGACCCUUUGGUGUACCUGUCUCAGUAGACAAGGACGUGCAUAUUCCAUUCACCAACGGUUCCUACACCUUUGCCUCUAUGUACCAUCGGCAAGGUGGGGUGCCGGGCACUUUUGCCAAUCGUGAUUUUCCCCCUUCUUUACUACACCUCCACCCUCAGUUUGCUCCCCCGAAUCUAGAUUGCACCCCAAUCAGUAUGCUGAAUCAUAGUGGGGUGGGGGCUUUCCGUCCCUUUGCUUCCACUGAGGACCGGGAGAGUUAUCAGUCAGCCUUUACGCCAGCCAAACGACUUAAGAACUGCCAUGACACAGAGUCUCCCCACUUGCGCUUCUCAGAUGCAGAUGGCAAGGAAUAUGACUUUGGGACACAGCUGCCAUCUAGCUCCCCCGGUUCACUUAAGGUUGAUGAUACUGGGAAGAAGAUUUUUGCUGUCUCUGGCCUCAUUUCGGAUCGGGAAGCUUCAUCUAGCCCAGAGGAUCGGAAUGACAGAUGUAAGAAAAAGGCAGCAGCAUUGUUUGACAGCCAGGCCCCUAUUUGCCCUAUCUGCCAGGUCCUGCUAAGGCCCAGUGAGUUGCAGGAACAUAUGGAGCAAGAACUGGAACAGCUGGCCCAGCUGCCUGCCAGCAAGAAUUCCCUUCUGAAGGAUGCCAUGGCUCCAGGCACCCCCAAGUCCCUCCUGUUGUCUGCUUCCAUCAAGAGGGAAGGAGAGUCUCCAACAGCAUCACCACACUCCUCUGCCACUGAUGACCUGCACCAUUCAGACAGAUACCAGACCUUCCUGCGAGUGCGAGCCAACCGGCAGACCCGACUGAAUGCUCGGAUUGGGAAAAUGAAACGGAGGAAGCAAGAUGAAGGGCAGGUAUGUCCCCUGUGCAACCGCCCCCUGGCAGGAUCGGAGCAGGAGAUGAGUAGGCAUGUGGAGCAUUGCCUUUCUAAGAGGGAAGGCUCCUGUGUGGCCGAGGACGAUGCUGUGGACAUCGAGCAUGAGAAUAGCAACCGCUUUGAGGAAUAUGAGUGGUGCGGGCAGAAGCGGAUACGGGCCACCACUCUCCUGGAAGGUGGUUUCCGAGGCUCUGGCUUCGUCAUGUGCAGCGGCAAGGAGAAUCCGGACAGUGAUGCUGACCUGGAUGUGGAUGGGGAUGACACUCUGGAGUAUGGGAAGCCACAGUAUCCUUGGGGCACUGUGGGACAAGGAUCUGUUGUCCUUGACCACCAUGCCAGAUACACAGAAGCUGACGUCAUCCCCUGCACAGGCGAGGAGCCUGGUGAAGCCAAGGAGAGAGAGGCACUCCGGGGUGCAGUCCUAAAUGGCGGCCCUCCCAGCACACGCAUCACGCCCGAGUUCUCUAAAUGGGCCAGUGAUGAGAUGCCAUCUACCAGCAACGGUGAGAGCAGCAAGCAGGAAGCCAUGCAGAAGACCUGCAAGAAUAGUGACAUCGAGAAAAUCACCGAAGAUUCAGCUGUGACCACGUUUGAGGCCCUGAAGGCUCGGGUCAGGGAACUUGAACGGCAGCUAUCCCGUGGGGACCGUUACAAAUGCCUCAUCUGUAUGGACUCAUACUCGAUGCCCCUAACGUCCAUCCAGUGUUGGCAUGUGCACUGCGAGGAGUGCUGGCUGCGGACCCUGGGUGCCAAGAAGCUCUGCCCUCAGUGCAACACCAUCACAGCGCCCGGAGACCUGCGGAGAAUCUACUUGUGAGCUAGCCACCCCCAGCAGGCCUUGCCUGGAGCAGCCCCACCUGCCCGCCUCUGUGACGUGACCCUCCCCCUUGUACAUAUUUGCACACAGGUUCCCCAUGUACAUACAUGUGCACACACACGUGCACAUUCGUGUGCGUGCACACACACACACAUACACACACACACACACGCACACACGACUCUGGAGCCAGAGUGGAGGCUGAGACCCAGGCCUUGCCUGCUGGUUCCCACCAAAACUGAGGACCAUACUGCUGUUUGGGGUUUUGUUCCCAAGGUGGGGCAAGGAGGUGGGAGUGAAGGGGAAUAGUUGGGCAAGGCUCCUGAGAUACAGCCCCCAGACUGACAGACGGACAGACAGACAUGCAAACACCAGACUGAAGCACAUGUAAUAUAGACUGUGUAUGUUUACAAUGUUGUGUAUAAAUGGGACAACCCCUCGCCCCCCACUCCACCCUCACCCCUUUGGUUGUAUGAUUUUCUUCUUUUUUUAAGAACACCUGGAAGCAGUGCCCCCUUCAGGGCUGGCUGGGGGCUCGGCCCAUCCACCUGUCAGGGUGCCUGCCUCUCUCUCUCUCCCAUGGUAUCCCUUCCCUCUCCCACGUGCUCGGUGUUCAGUGGUGUAUAUUUCUUCCCCCAGACAUGGGGCACAUGCCUCAAGGGACACGAUCCUCUCCUUAGUCUUAGCUCCUGGGGCUCUUUAUAAGGAGUUGGGGGAGAGGGGAGACAGGAAAUGGGAACCGAGCUGAAGCAGGGGCUGAGAUUGGGGCUGGAUGAGUAUGCUCCUGGCUGCCCAGCCUUCUACCAAGAACCAUUCCUGGGAUUAGAACUGCUGUUCCCAGGGAAAGUGGUCUCCUCCGCCCCUCCUGUGGGCCCCACGGUGUGAUGCUGUGUCUGUAUAUUCUAUACAAAGGUACUUGUCCUUUCCCUUUGUAAACUACAUUUGACAUGGAUUAAACCAAUAUAAACAGCU